GGAAGAAAGCUCAAGUGUGAAGAGUUUCCAGAGCUCGCUCGAUAUUUAGAAUUCGCAUUUGGAGAGGGCGACAGAGUCCUUCGCGGAGGUGGUGGCCUUCAAGCUGAUCCUCGUUUGCUAGACAGUACUUUGUUCAAAGCUGCUGAUAAUGCAACUGUAAUGCGACAUGCCAAAGAGAUGUUACGUAAAAUCAAACCAGAUUUUAAGAUAUCCACUUCAUGUUUGUAUACGUAUACAAUGAACUAUAGGAAAGGGACAAAACAAGCAGAACGUCACCACCAUGGCAAAGGAGUGAACGCCGACAUAUCCCUGCAUAAGCCACCCAACACAUCGCAGAACAUUUAUCCGAUCAAUUCGCACUGGUCCACAUCC